AUGUCCACAGAGGGAUUUCAGUCACCAGCAGCUCCAACCUCUGCUGACAGCAGGUUAGUUAUUUUGAUUCUUGUCUAUUUAUGUUUGAGAUUAGUGUCAGAUAUAUCAUGUAUGUUAUUGUCAGCGUUGAUAUCUGUGAGCUUUUCCCGAUCAGCACAGUCUAAAAGGAGAGUAAAAUGCUAACGCGGCGGCGCUGAAGUUAGCUUCUUAUUCGCAUUCGCACAUUUAUUCUGUAUGAAGGUGCAAGAAAAGGGCGAUUUCACCUUUUUUAAAUUUAGGGGAUAAACCCUAGAACACCAUCGCUAAAUUAGUAACACCAUCACACCGUGAUUUUUACCCGAAAUAAUAUACCCAAGAAAAAGUACUUGUCGCCAAAAUGUAUCAAAAUAGGACAAUACAUGAUAAAUUAAAGUAUUUUUCUUUUUCUUUUUUUUUUAACUGUGCAAUGUCCAAAGGGAGGAAAAAAAUGCCAUGAGGGGACCAUGUAAAAAUGCGAUAAAGUAACUGAAAUUAGGCAUUCAUGAACAAAACAUCUAUCUAUCUAUCUAUCUAUCUAUCUAUCUAUCUAUCUAUCUAUCUAUCUAUCUAUCUAUCUAUCUAUCCACAUAUAUAUGUAUAGUGUUUAUACAUAUAUAUAUAUGUAUAAACACUAAAGCUUAGUUUUUUCCCACCCAUUCCCGGGGCAUGUGAGUCUUCCCUCUGGAAGACUCAGGGUCCUUGGCACAAUAACAGCUGCAGGAGAGAGAACCAAAAUAGGGUAUAUUUUGAGUUAGUAAAAAUGACCAACUGACUUAAACAUUUCUUCUCGAAUUUCUUUGAAAAUCACUACUUUGUGAUAGUUAUUCAUAACCACUGUGCUAGAUAAAUUUAGCAGGCACAUUCCAGGACCACUUUCAUGACCUUAUUCCCUACAUGCAGCGAUCAAUUCCACCCAAACCUACUUUACUCUUUAUCACUAUUGCCGGGUGAAAAUCACCCGAACACGUGCCUGUAGAAAAAAGCAGGAUUUGUAUCAGGGAAACAAAUAUGCCCUCAAAGAUGUCAAAGGAAAUGCUGAAACUACUCAGAGACCCGUGAUACUCAGACAAACGCAACAUCACGAAAAUCAGGUAAACAUGUUUGGCUGGAUGAAAAUCACCCGAUGAUAGUGUUCUAGGGUUAAACAACAGAUUCUGAUCCAGUACUAGAACCACAAUACUAAGCUGUGUCUGAUCUGGUUUCAGUGGUGCAGGGGAGGCUUCAGUCACUUUAAAACAUAGUUUAAGAUUUGUGAAGAUGCAAGACGUGGAUUUAACUACUUUGCUUACUUCUAUAAAUUAUUAUUUCUUAUAUUUUCAUAUGUUGCUUUCUAUAGUCUUUCUUGAAUAAGCAAGGCUCGAUCUGGGAAGUUUUAAGUUUGUGAUUCUGGGUCAGGGCCUGCUCUUAAAAAACUGUAAAAUACACAUAAAAAUCACACCGGUACUUUUGAUCAGCUCUCUAAAACGUGCACUUUUAGAUCAUGUCUGAGCUAAAUGAGGAGAAAAAAAUUUGAUCUGCCAAUCCAUUCUGUGUGUCCACAAACUGUGGUGUGUCAGCUAGCUACAACUAAAUUAUUAUCGUACCCUUGGCAAUAGAAAGUAUCUGAUGAUCAAAAAGUGUUAGUCACUGUUUACUGCUGGAAUACACAGCAACUAUUUCUGUCUGUCCAGCUCUCUCCAACCACAUACAUUAAAGCACCUGUGAGGAGUUUGCAUGUGCAUAAGAACCAGGCUGAAAUCUAUAUGACCUAGAAAAGCAAACAAGAUCAUCACAAACAAGAUUAUCUGGUUUCAAUUUGUAUUAUCUUCAACACAUGUACACAGUGCCACAGGGCAGGCUUCAGACAAGACAGCGAACAUCAGAGGCAACAGUCUGUUUUCAAAGCUGGAGGAAAAGUUUGGGUGGUCUACGUUUGUCAAAAAAAAUGUAUAUAUAUAUUUUGUUAACAAAAUCCUGUGCAGGUUUUUCUAAUUGUAACGUUUUUCCUGCCAACAUGGUUCUGCCUCUUGCCAUCAUGAUUUUAUGAUUUGCCGCCCAGAACAUGAAAACUGCAGCAAUUUGUAGCCAGAGUAAACACUGGCCUGGUUAACUCUUUUUUUUAAUACUCACAGCAUGGAUUCAACUGAGGCUCAGAGGAACAACCCUGCAAAGACCCCCAUACAAAUCCUGCAUGAAUAUGGCACCAAAAAUGGGAACCUCCCUGUGUACGAGAUGGAGAAGGCUGAAGGAGAGGCUCACCAGCCCAGCUUUGUCUUCAGUGUGAAGAUCGAAGACAUCAGCUGCACAGGUAAGCUGCUGUGUUGAUAGCUGCCUGUCACAGCCUGGGUUUGAUUGGAAACUUAGAUGCUUGCAUUACUGAAGGAAUACUUUAUAUAUCUUUUUUGACUUUUAAAUUGUUGCUUGUAUGGUCAGCUGCUGCAGGAUACUCUCGCUAGAUUACCUUGUUUUUUUUAACCAAGGUGUCUCCCCCUCAGGAAAAGAACAGGUCAGGUCUAGUAAAGCGGAUUUACAGAGUGUUGAGGUGAUAAGAAAUAAUUCAGCUCUUACAUUUGACAUCUUCUGACUUCUUACAGCAAGAUUAUUCUCUGUUUUCUAGUUUUUUUUCCUACUAGCAUCUAGGAUGAACAUACUGUUUAGACCAUGCACCUUAAAAAAAAUAACUACACUAGAGUCAUAUAGGUUUACUUAUCAAGAUGCCAUGGUGAUGAGAUGUGAGGUUUUGGUACAUUAAAGUAACACUUAAACAUGCUUUUAUUCAGUAAAUCAUCUGUAAUAUUCAUAUGUGUUUAAUUUGGGUCAGGUCAAGGGUCGAGUAAAAAGGCUGCAAAACACCAGGCUGCCGAGGCUGCCCUGAAGAUUCUGAAGAUAGACCCUGGAACAGUGUGAGUAGAGAGGAGGUUAUAACAAGUGGAGAGUGAAAUUAACCAAUGAGAGCCAAGUUUGCAUGUGAUUAAAACAUUAAUGCUAUUAUUUGAUCAAAAAUGCCCAAAAUGCAAAUACUCUCUUUCUACUCUCUAUCUGGUUUAAUCUGGUAAAAACUGAACUUUAAAAACAUGAAUAUUUGGACAUUAAUCUGCACGGUGAGAAUAAACUAAAAUGGAAAAAAGUUUGAUCCCCGUCCCAUCUGUUCACAUGGAGGUGGUGUGGUUUAUGACUUAUCCCUGCGGUCAGUGGAGCUGUCAUGAUGGUGAUAUUCAGCGGCAGUGUUAACAGCACACACAUCACAGUGCCGCACUGUCAGCCUGCGGUGAGUGUUGAUCUGCCGCGGCGUUUGGGAACCGCUUCAGUGUCAUUUGUUUAAUUCUCAACAGGAAAGAUCCUGUGAAGUCUGAGAGUAAUGGCGUCGCAGCAGAAACAGACAACCAUCCCAACUCUGUGGGAGUGCUGCAGGUGUGUGAAUCUCUGUGUGUGAUUAUGUGGUCUCUGUGAUGUGAUAAGUUUAUUGCAUGUACAGUUAUUAUUCUGAUUGAAAGGAAAACUCACUCUGAAUUUGUUUUUCAGGAGUUAGCGCUGCAGAGAGGAUGGCGCCUUCCUGAAUACACAGUUUUAAAAGAGGCUGGUCCUCCACAUAAGAGAGAGUUCACUGUUACCUGUCGAAUGGAGUCCCUGUCAGAGAAAGGUGAAAAUCUUUAAAAGCAAGUCAGAUUUCUGUGAUUUAUUCAGCUCUUAGUCUUUCUCUCUCUCUCUUGUUUUGGCAGCUGUUGGAAAUUCCAAGAAAGCAGCAAAAAAGGCAGCAGCAGAGAAAAUGGUGGGGAAGCUUCAGAGUCUGUCAGGCUGCUCAGAAAUCACAUGGGUAUGUCAGAUAUUUCUUAGAAAGCAGGCGCAACAUGUCUGAGGGAAAAAAACCUCAAAAAUGUCAUUUUUUUUGUUACAUUUCUUUCUUUUCUUAAAAAAAUUUAGACUCCUCAACCCAGUGUGAGAUUUGAGAACUUAAGGAAUUCACAAGCAGAAAAGAUAACGUUACUGAGAAGGAACCCGCUGAGUAUUCCCAACACGGAUUACAUCCAGUUGAUGUUGGAGCUGUCCAAGGAGCAGGGCUUCGAGGUCACAUACUUUGACAUCGGUGAGAAAAUACAACAUUCAUUACUAUGAUUCAAGGCGUUUCUUAUACCUGAAGUGAGAAUGCCUGAUGCUUUAAUAAUGGGACUCCCUUUGAUGGAGGAACUACUGUAGAAAUUUAGAUGUAUUACUGCAGAAACAAAGCAGACAUGAAGGUGUAAACACAAGGGCUGUGAUCAACCAAAGAAAUUCAUGGUCGACUAACCCUGAAAUUUUUGACCACAAAUCGACUAAUGGGGGUGUGCGGAGUGUUGACAGUAUUAGCAAAAGCAAGCAAUUAAACACAAAUGGCUAAAAUAUAAAUAUUCUGCAAACCACCAGACGUUAAUUAACAUGGACGCUCUUCAAUCUUCCUGUCUCCAGCCAGUCUCCAUUGGAUUGGCCGAAUCUAAAAUUGUGAAAACAUGGGGGGUGUUCUGAGACAAGCUGUUACCUGUGAAACGGGGUGCUCUGAAAACACCCCCAUUAGUACUUGGUAUGUUCUUCCUGAUGAAAUUACCACCUACUGAGCAUUUUUUGGUCUAAAAGAGGUCUAAUAGACAUCUAAAUGUAACCUAGACGACUGGUCUAAAAUCAGGCUACCACAGGUUUAGACCAAGUUUAGACUAAAUCUGGACUUUAUCUAUACUACACUGUAUAUUGCUCAACGGCUAUCAUCAUUAUUUUGGUUAAGUACUUGGAGAUCAGUUAUGCAACUCACAGUUGCGUUUUGAAAUAAAUAGUUAUCGAUUAAUGGGUUAACAUCUGAAUUCCGUCUAAGAAUAUACAGAAUCUAGACAGUUGAAAUAAGGUCUGAAAAAUAAACUAGACGUCUAAUAGCCAUCUAUUGCUCAGUGAGCAUAGAUUGUAAAUUGACGCAGAAAAAAAUCGUGUUGACCAAUCAGAAUUUUGGUCAACUCAGCACGUAUUGAUCAAUAAGUCUACCCGUCGACUAAGACUUUACAGCCUUGUAAAUGACAACGAGUUUUCACCAAUCAGAAUAAAGAAAGACAACAAGAUAAUAAUCAUAACUCUCAGUCCUGUCAUGUUGUAAAGUGUGUGUGUGUGUGUGUGUGUGUGUAAUUGUUCUCAGAUGAGCUGACGGUGAACGGCCAGUACCAGUGCCUGGCUGAGCUGUCCACCUCCCCGGUCACUGUGUGUCACGGCACAGGCAUUUCCUGCAGCAAUGCCCACAAUGACGCAGCACACAGCGCCCUCCAGUACAUCAAGAUCAUGGCUUCCAUCAAGUAA